AUGUCUGGCUCCUGGAACCAACCAAGUUACUCGGAAAACGAUAUCGACGACUUCAUCAUCCCCGAUGAAGAAGUUCCUGUCACAAGUAAACCACAAGCAUCCCCCAAAUCAACUCCCCAGGCGACUGCGUCUGGACCCUCCCAAAAUGCAUCCGAUACAAUGUUCUCGUCAAUUCCUUGGAAUAUGAAGGUAGAUUUGUCUUCUACUUUCACUCCAUUCACCACCUCCAAUGCAUUCAACAACACUGUCAGAGAGCACCAAUAUACCGGAGGUGACACACUCGAUGAGCCGGUCUUGACGACAUUAUCCAGAGAUUUGUUGAAGAUUUGGAAGCGGUUGACUAUUGUGAUCUGGCCAAUUCAAUUAGCCAAGUUGGCGAAGAGACAACAAAGUAAACUCGUGGAUUUUGCUCAGAGGAAUGGUGUCAACAUCCCGGAGCUGAUCAUCAGAGAAAGACGGAUUUCUGUUGGUAACGAAGAAGACUUGGAGAAUAUCAACACCUUUGAAAAUAUAGAAUUAAACAACUUGGACUGGGAUCUCUGGGGCCCCUUGAUCUUUUCGUUAGUCUAUUCGGUGGUGUUGGGAAUGUCCAGCAGCACCAAGCAAACAAACUCGGUGUUUUCGGGGUCGUUCAGCUUCAUGUGGAUCUUCUAUGUGAUAAUAGGUUUAAAUAUUCAAUUACUUGGAGGGAACAUCUCGUUUAUGUCUGCCAUAAGUGCUGUGGGAUAUUCCAUGUUCCCCAUCACCAUUGGUGAAGUGUUGUGCUCUCUAUUAAUCUCCUGGAAACUUGUGAGAUUGGCAUUGAUGCUUGUAUUAUGUUGUUGGAGUAUUUACUCUGGAGUGUUGAGUUUGAAAUGCUCGGGGGUUUUACCCGGCCGAGUGUUACUUGCGGUAUACCCAGUAGCAUUGAUGUAUGCGGUGUUAAGCUGGUUGACGGUAAUAACAUGA